CGAGGCCGCAGCUCAGACCAAAACUGUGUUUCACGUGAACAUCAAAAUUUCAGAGUGAGGCAAAUAUCACAGACAGCAUGCGGGUUGAAUUUCUGUGCUUCAUGGUGGCCGUCGCCGCCGCCUCUCUGGUGUCAGGCGUAGGCGUGAGGCACACAGAGGCAAUUGCAGGCAGGGCGGCUGCCGCCUUGCUGGAGACCACCACGGAAACUUCCUGUACCCUCCUCCUCUUCACAGACAAGAUAUCAACUCUCACAGUUUUCCCGGAUAUACUGGAGGUGUGGCGGAGGCAAUGGGGCGUGACAGUAUUCACGGUGGAGGCAAACAGUAUAGAUUUCAACGUGACGCGCCGUUUCUCUCUCCUGGUUCCCCUUGCUCGCCAGGUGCGUCAGCUGUCUUGGUGCGCAACGAUCGUGGUGGUGAGUCGCGAGCUGGCCUUCCUUACCGCCUUCGCCGAGUGGUCCCUGAGAGGCCGGCUGUUAGUGUGGGCCACCAAGCUGGUGGUGUUGACCCGCUUGCCACUCCCACAACUUCACGCCCUCCUGUCCGCCUACUGGACUUUCUCUAUGAUGAACACGGUCUUCCUCAACAUGGAAAACAAUUACUCUAAGUAGGU